GUUGACAAAUAUUUUUGUUUUUCUCCCUAAUUAAGUUUUUAAUGAAAUUGUUUUUAGAACCUUUAAAAUUAUAGAAAUUUGAAAUAUAUGUAAAAUAAACAUGUCAACAAAAUCUUUACAAUUAGAACGACUCAAAGAGCUCCUUAAUGCUCAAAAUCCCAUAGCAGCAAAAGAAUAUAUCGAUAAUAUUGUUAAUUUUUUUGAUUGUCCCCUAACUAAAAUUGAACUUGAUUUGACUUUGGAAAAGCUUUUCUGUACAAAAACCGGCACAAUAUUCUUUUUGAAAAAUUCCCUCAAGUCCAAUAAACUCUUCCACGAUAGCAAUGUUAAUAUUUUUACACUAUGGUACAAUUUGCUUACAAAAAACGCAGACACUGCAAAUUUUACACCCUAUACUGCCAACAUAAUCCAGUGUUGCAUGAAAUUUAUUGCCUCGAGUAUAGCUCCUUCGGCAAAAGAGCGCGAAAGAGCAACCAUGGUCCUGCAGAUUUUAUUUCAAAAUAAUCUAGUUGAAGAAGAUCUCGCAACUGAAGUCGUAGAACGUUCACUGAAUGUAUUCAAUCUCAAAAAACCUCCGGAGAUGUUUACUCAGCAGCUGUUCAAGCUUCUGGGUAUCAUAGCACGAUUCUAUCCGAUCAGUAUUUCCGAGGAAAGUGCCCAACGCAUCAAAAUCGAGUGCUUUAAGACCCUAGAUGCUAACAUGGUCAGCCAAGAGGUAAUACGCUAUAGAGCCCUCACUGGGGCAAUGGAAUGUCUAAAUGACUAUUUGUACAACUUUGCCCCCUCGCCUGCGUCAGAACCAGAGGCAUGUGACCGCAUCUACACAAGCACUAGAACGCUUUCCACCCUGCCCGAUGACAUCACACAAAAAACAGCGUUUAGAGCUGGCUUAGACCUCUUCACCCAUCAUUCAACACUAUUUUCCAAACAGAUAUACCGUGAUUUCAAAUUUUGGCAUGAAUGUCUUGGCAAAUGGCUCGGAUCUAGCAUCUACGAUGAACGUCGACGUGGCAUCUAUGGAUUCUAUGCUUUCCACAAAAUUAUUGCUGAACAAUUGAAAACAGAUGAUACCAACUCCAAGAAUAUCUUGGAAUUUUUUUUGAAUGAAUUUCGUAAGACCCUCGAGUCUGCAGAUUCGAAGCCUGCAGAAACUCGCAUUGCAAUUCGAGGAUUUGGUUCAAUCUCAUUGCUGUGUAAACAAUUUUUGCCAGCAAUUCUGGAAGAUAUGAUUUCGUUGGUUGUGCAGAAGUGUGAUUUGAUUCUAAUGGCUGACGAUAGUGCCAUGAGAGACUUAUUGGAUCACUUUCCCGAUUAUAUUCAUGCUUUAUCGACUGUCAUUAGGGAAAUCGAAAAUCCUCAAAUCUCAGAGGUGUUGGCAGAGAAUCUUAAGAACAUUAUGAUUCGAUUGAUACGUGACUUCCAUUAUUUGCCGACACUUCAGUGCGCUAAUGUAUCUAAUUCGAUUUGUAAUGCAUUCAAUUCGCUGUAUUUAACGGACGUUACGCUUCUCGAAAGAGUGCUUAAUAAGGUCAUUUUUGAAGGUGUAGUUUGGACGUGCUCGCACAAGCAUGUCUUUGACGCGAAUGCCGAUUGGUCAGAAAAUAUCGAUUGGAAGGAUAAUAUAACUUAUAAAUCCUUCAGUAUCCUUUGGGAUGCACUCUUGGACGAAACACCCAAUUCCCGAUCGUCGUCGUAUGAUAAAUCAAUAAUUGUUGAUCGAAUAUUCGAUCAUCUUAUGCUUACUCUAUUCAAAAUCCUCGAAAAACUUGAUCUUCGUACCAAGAAACGAGUUUACACUGACGAAGAUGGUCGCGAUCAAGAAUUUCACUUUUGCGAUCCAAAUUUCGACCUGUGUCCAAUUCGACCUAAGGACUUUCACAUCUUCAUAAAUCUAGUCGAUUUCUAUCGAGAUAUUUGGCCAAAACUUCAAAGGCCCUACACUCUUAAUUGGAUCGAAGAGUUUUGUGAGAGAAUGGUUAAAUUUUCACUGCGUAAUCCUUUCAUAAGUGGAUUUUCGAAACUUCUUGAAGUUGGCCUCCGGACAGCGGUGAAACUUAAAGUUUUCGAAGAUAACUUAGCACCUCGAUUGGAAGUAACUCUAUCACAUGCCUUCAAGGUGAUGAUUGUUAAAUGUCAAAGAGUAUCUGGAGAGCUUCAAAUUGCCACAAUUGAACUUGUUCUCCAAUAUCCCGUUAAGUUUUACCAAAAUUGCUUGAUCGAUAUGAUUCCGGUUUUCGAAUGCGCAUUUGAUCUGGGAAAGUCGAUGGUUUGGUUGGCGAGUUUGGCAAUUGAUUGUUUGGAAAAAAUCUCCAACUUCAACGACAGCGAAGACUUGACAAAACUUCACGCCACGGUGCUACCUUUGUUGGACUGCUAUCUACACGGAAAUAGCAACAUGGAGUUCCUAAGCAUUCGAGAAGGGCGUGGUGGAAAUAAAAUAAGGAAGCCCGGUAAGCCAAGUAAAUCCCACAUCGAAUUUCAGGAUAUUCAGGCGAAAAUCGUGUCACUCCUGGGAAAACUGCAUCCACAAGCUGCUACAAUGCUCGUAAUGAAUUCAGCAAUGAAUGAGAACCUGGUCAAAUGGGAUUCUCGAAAAUGUGUCCAUCUCGAUUUGAAACUUCCCGACAUAAGUGUGACUGUCCAAUUAGAUACUUUGGUUCCUCGUAUUUGUCAGCUUGCAUUGACAUCCACCGAUCGACAGACGAAAAUCGCCGCCUGUGAGUUAGUUCAUGCUUUAGUCUUGUAUAUGAUUGGAGCUCGAGGUCAUCAGGGGCAGAUUUGGAAGGAGCUUUGCAAAAAGACUCUGGAACUAGGAUGCGACGGUGAUGCAACCGUGCAGCAAAUUUUCGAGCCAUUACUGAUGCAAGUGAUGCAUUUCAUGUCAAAAUAUGAGAACCUAGACAGAGGCGUCGAGGAAAUUAUGGACGCUCUGAUGGAGGGUAUUUCUAGUAAGUCUAACUUUGGUUUGCGUGAUUUAUCAGCUUGUUGUUUGCGUGAAUUCGUCGAAUGGAGUAUUAAACAAACGACCCCACAGCAAUUGGCCGCCUCCCCCGUAAGCAUUGAGAUUAUUCUGGGAAGAUUGAAAAUGUACAGUUUUGAUUCGGAUGCAAGUAAAAGAGUAGGAGCCGCAUUAGCAUUCAACAAUCUCUACCGUCGCCUGAGGGAAGAAGAGUCUGUAUGCGAUAUAUUUUUCGUUGAGCUUUUGUAUACGUUUUGUGUGAAUUUUAAACUAAGCGAGGAACUCACCACCAUGCCACCAAAUGAUGACAUGAAUCCAGACCUGGAGAUGAUCUCAGAGGCUUUGGAUCAUAUUGUGAGAGUUCUUUCGGAGCGAAGCUAUUUGUUUGAGAAGCAUUCCGCCAAACGUCGAGUUCCGACAGCUCUGAAAUCGGGCACUCUCAGGGAUAUCUUGAGAUUCCUUAUGUUUGAAGCUGGCUCGAAGAAAAUGUUCUAUCGCCGAAUAUGCAUUAAAUUAGCCCAUACACUGGCUCCAAGAAUUACAGGACUAGGCAGUAUUUGGGAUUUCCUUCAGACUGAUUCGAUAAGUGACGAUGAUCUGCUAGAGAUUUGCGAAGGUCCAUCUGAUGGUUUCGGCAUAGCAGCUCGACCUGACAUAAACUUUCUUACACUGCUCCAUAGUGAAAGUUCAGAGAGGAGCCUUUACAGUUGGUUGGAAUACUUGCUAGGAUCACUGGAAUGUUACAUAUGGCUUUUGAAGGAAAAAGCUAUUCACAAAAGCAAACACUUCUUCCGGGGAUCCAACAUAUUUUGCGCAAUUGAAUGCUUCUUAAAAAACAUCUGUUGGAAGCCCAUGGCAGAAAUUGUUGCAAUUCCAUCGUCCGGUUCAAAUGUGGAAAUAUCAAACAACAUGGAUGUUCUUAAGUGUCUCAUAGUAAUACACAUUGUUGAUUUCCUUAUCGAGUUUCUACAAUCGGAGUGUGCUCGCGAAGAAUGUGUUGUCUUUUGGAAACAAGACACCAAAGAACUCCUUCAGGACUUGAUCCUUCAACUUAUCUAUGAACCAAAAACCUUGCAUUUGGAUUUCCGUCUGGAGAAAAUAUUUUCUCAACUCGAUAAUCGAGUGCAAAAGUUUUGUAAGCAAAUACAAAGCAAUUGCCCGGACAAACAGUUCUUCAAUCAACUAAAUCAAGAAAUGUUUGUAACCCUGGUACGAAAAUUGGACAAUCUAUCCCAGAAAAUGACUAACAUGUUCAAAAUUGAAGGAGCCUUCGACACUAGACCAUCGUAUGUGAACGGAAUUUUGCACAUUCUCAAGAUAGCUAAUUUUGAAGAAAUGGAAAGCAGCCAAUUGCAAACUUUGGUUGCAAUUUGUGACCGCAUCAUGAAGCUUCUAUUUGAUGGCAUAAAACGUACAAGUUUUGGCAAAGAAGUUACCGUGACACUCACGGAAAACGUUAAAUCCUUUGGAAAUAGUCUCAUGCGGAUUUCUUUUGGGGUGAAGGACUAUUCCACUGAAGUCAUUGAGUUUAUGCUGAAUGAUGUAGAAUUGUACACCGUUAACCUCGAUUCGAAGAUCAAACACGGACAGUUAUACUUUGAACUAUAUGAAAAGGUCAUAUAUCAAGAAGCUACAUUAAGUUUCUUCGAAAAGUGUUUUGAUCUCUUCCCGAGCCUCUCAGAAGAUCAGCAAUCCUAUCUUCUCAGAGUUCUUACAGAAGUUCUUGAAAACAAAAGUAAAUCGGACCGACGACGUAGCAGUUCUUCCUUUCGAAACAUAAUAGAUACGUGCAUUCAAAAUCUCCAGGCUCUAAUUGAACACUACAUGCAAAAACCAGAAAAGUUUUAUUUUAUAGAAUUCUUGAGAGUUCUUGCCUCGAUUUCGAGCAAUGAUCCUUUAGAUAUAAAUGAACAAGUUCCAGCAUUAGGUCAGUUCAUCAUUUCAAAACUCUCCGCAACACAGCUGAGCUUGGAAAAGAAGUGCAAAAUAAUAUCACUCCUCCCUCUAAUGGUGGGCGUAAAUGAUUAUGAGAAAACGGAAUUAAUGUCAGCCCUAGAACAUCUUCAAUGUCAACAUUUUCCCUUACGAUCAACAGAAUUUUCCAAGAACAGUUUGCAGGAGACAUGUCUUAAAUAUGCCUUCGUUACUCUUCUCAAUGCUCUGGUUGGAUCAAAGUCGUAUGUUUUAUUGGAAUUCCUUUUGAAAUGCACCGCAUCGGAUGAGGUUCACUUAGUUGAGGAUAUAAUUCGCAAAGAACUCAAGGCAUUUACGCUGUGUUUGAGUGAGGGACAGCAGGUUGGAGUGUUAAACCGAACUCUUGAAACUGUUCUCAAUGAACGCUAUGAGCCAACAAUUCGAAUAACAAUUUAUCGGAGGUUUUUAUUGAAUAUAUUCAUCCACUGUUCCGAAAAAGCACUCAUGGAGCUUUUUAGAACUAAAAUUAAGAUCAUAAACAUGCUCCUGGAAUCUAAUUAUAGAGUUGGUUCGUCAGGCAGGGCUGUUGAACAGGCUUUGGCCAAUCGUAUAAUCGGCUAUGGCCUAGUGGAGCAUUUCUUUGGAACUGUGAGAAAAGAACUCUAUUGGAGUGUAACCUGCCCGAUAGCAAUUGAAUUGCUUGGCAAGCCAAAAGCUGACAGUGAGCUUGUUGGGACGUUUACCAAGAAGGCAUUCUAUGUGCGAUCGGAGGUGUUCUCCACCGAUAACAAAGAAGCUCUAGAAUUGUUUAGACAGUACCAAUGUUCGGCAUAUUGUGCUCUCUCGUCGCUCGUAAGCAACACUCAGACGGAAUUGAAAUUCUAUUCAAAGUUUUUGUUCGAAGAGAAUUCCAGAAAAAACGAACUAAUAUGGUCCAACCUGGUUGACUGUUCUAAGCACUACGUUUUCUCUGGCCAAGAGAUGGAAGAAUAUGCUAAGAUAAGAAAACGAUUUGUUUCCAUUCGGAAACUCGAUGUAAGACCUUCGGUUACAUUGAACACAAUCACGUCAUCGAGACGCCUUCAAACACAAAAUAUUAUGGAAUCAAGUUUGAGUCAAGACGUCAGAGGAAUCGAUAUGACUUCCUAUUCGGUUCGCCCCUAUGGCGAAGCUCUGCGUCGUCAGGAACUAAGAUCAGCUGAAAUUCAAUCGGUGCGAUUGGAGAGUCAUGAUGUCAAUAAGCAUGAAGUUAUGGCUAUGGUUUGUGGUGUCAUAAAAUUCAUGCACACAAACAAUAUCACCCCAGUGAUAGCAGACAGCAGUGUAAAACGAUCCUAUCCGUGGGUGCAGGCGAUUGCGAAUAGCAUUGGAAGUUGUGAGAAUCAUAAGAACGUUCGAGUAUUCCUGGCCCAGGUGGUCGAUAAUUGUAGCGAGGUUUUUCAACAAUUUGCACACGUCUUGUUUAAACCUAUCCUCAGGAUGCUUGCUGACGAAUGUGCUGGAAGCACUCUGAAUUUUUUCAUCACCGACAUGAUUGCUCUGCUCGUGAGUUGGUCCUCGAAGGGUUUCCAUCUGCCCCAAGCUUCCGAUGAGCUGUCUCUCGUACAGGAACUCCUCAAAUUUGUAAUGAAAAAUGCUUGGAGUGAAACUCGAGAAAUCCUAAAGUUCAACCUGGAAAUCGUUCAAACAAUGUUGUCCAUGUGGAAGGGUAUAAUUGUUGUCCCCUCGAAUCUGCUCCUGGACAUGAUCACGCGAAGUCAGCGAAACGAUUCCGAUUCAAAUGAAUGCGGAAUUGUGUUCUUGGGAAUGAUUCUAUCCAACGAGUUGAUUCCUUGGACAGAAUUGACCAAAGUUCUCUACAUCAAUGCAAUUUUGACAAACAUUGAAAAUCUAAAACCAAGCAUUUAUCAGCCAGCAGCUUAUUCUUUGGGUGCCGCUCUGGAGGUACUCUCGAAGUCCGGAGACCAAGAUAGUGCCGAUAACCUUUUUCAGGAAAUUCAAACACGAUUACAUUCGCUAAAUAAUAAAAAAGAUCGAAAGUGUGAGAAACGUUUCACGGAUAUUCUCUACAACAUUCACAAAUCAAGUCCUCAAAUUGUUGAUCGGCUGCGGGAGGUUAUAUGCUUUAAGAUACCCACAGCCAUCGGGACAACCAAACGGAGUUACCUCGAAAUGAUACUAUCUCGGGUUGAAUCGUUCGAGGAGGAUGAGGUGUAUAAUACGAUUAUAGGAAUCGGAAUUAAGGAUCUUCUGAAGCAAUCCGACUUCCAGCUUCUGGCCUUGCAUAUUCUAAACCGCGCACUCCCGAUGAUUAAAAACCACGACCUUUCAUUGCUCUUUGAACAUGUAGAAGACUCAUUGCAAUUGAAGAGGGUUGAUUGUAGGGAUAUUGGCUAUGAGAUAUGCAUUUAUGCGGCUCAAAAUUUCGGGAGUGAUCUCAAAAAUAAGGCGAUCAAAUUGAUCCUGAAGGGAAUAAGUGAUCCCGAAGUCGAGAUUCAAAAACGAAUCUAUCAUUUCUGGUCAAAGGAAGCUCAAAUACCGUCGAUACUCACCGAGCGUAUUUUGUUCCUCCUCAAGAACUAUGCUCUCGAGGGAGAGAAACAUUUCCUUGGUCUCUGCACUCAGCUUCUUCUUGAUCCGGCAAUAGAAAGUCCUGAGUCAAAGAAGCAGAUAUUUCAGUUUGAAGAUGAUCGAGACUCAAAGUUGCAUGAAUAUCACAUCAAUACCAAAUUACGCAGUCGCACCACCUACACUCUUCCACCGAUGUUCGCCGAAUCCACACAAGCUCGACCCAGUUUGUUUAAAGCCACCCAGUUGUGCAGUUUGGUAAGGAAUACAAAUGCCGACUAUGCAUUUGAGCCAACCCAAGAUCCAAUCGUUGUGAGCCAAGUAAACGAGAAAUUUACUCUUUACAGUCAAAAUUCGAUGCCAUUUAAAAUCGGAAGUCAAGUCCUCGAUCGUCGAUCGAAACUUGUUGGAAUCAAGAAUCCCAAAGAGGACUCGGCGAGUACACUUCGCCGAAGGAGAUUCCUCAAGGAUAAAGAGAAAGAACAAAAAGACAAAGUUCUGAGGGUAAUAAGUGUUAGACAAAAAAAUAUCGAAGAAUCGGCUCGCAAGGCCAUUGAGAACGAUGUGGGCUUGUAUCGUCGUUAUCGAUUUGGUGAAUAUCCAGAUUUGCUCAUCAAUAAUCUUGCAUUUCUACUCCCGCUCCAAGCGCUGGUGAGGAGAGACGUUCAAAUCGCUCAGCAAUUAUUUGUGGCAAGUUUGUCGGGAAUACUGGAAGCACGAGAAUGUGAUGCAUCGGAAUUCCUCGAACAAAUCAAUAACAUUUUUAAGAAUAUUUUGAGCAACUCCAGAAUGUGUGAUUCGACUAUUUUCUCGUCGUUGCUUGAGGUGAGCCUCCUCAAACCGAAUGCUUUCAAUCUUCCCCCAGAUCAGGUCGCCAAGUUUGCCAAAGAAUCUAAAAAUCUAACACUUGGAGCAUUGUACUUGGAAAAACGUCUCAUCUCUGAUUGGGAUCAUGAAAUUGCAGUGACUCUGGAACCUGCUCAUUGGUUACAACUGGCCGACAUUUAUAGCUCUCUAAAAGAAUACGAAGUUGUAUCUUCGAUCUUUGCUGACAAACUUCGUACAGAUCCAAGGCUAUCCAAUGCCAUUGAACUGAGAGCCAACGGGCGCGCUGAUGAGGCACAAACUCUACUCGUUGAGGUUAUCGGAAGGAAUGUCCAUAUGGAACAUUAUUAUGCCUAUAAUUGUUACUAUGAGUGCUCCAUUGAAUUGAGCGAUUGGUCACAUGUAACUGAAGCCAUUAACAAUGAAAUCGAUGAUCUCGAAGAGCUCUGGACUGACAGUUACAACUUGAAUUUCCUUCUGCCAAAAUUGAUGCAUGCAAAAAUACAGCUUCUCCUCGAAGGCGAUUUGGAAAGUAGGAGUUUUCUGCGAAACAUCUCCGAAUGGAUGUUGGCCACAGAUAGAGCGAAGCUUAUGAAGAAUGAGUUCUCUGAGGAGCUGAUGAUGCUGUCGAUAGUUACUAAGGAUUUUCGCCAAUGUCGAGUGCUCUAUGAGAACUUUGUAAAGAAUUUCUUGUGGGAAUGGAACAUCACGGGAUCGUUUUGCACCAAAACAAAGCUGGAGAGUCUUCUGAGGGCACAAAGAGUUUCAGAGAUUGAUUUCUAUGCUCAGACAUUUAUAAAGGGUUUCGAUGAAUAUUCCACUGAGGAGGUUUGCAGGAGAUGGAACUCAUGCAGCAUAGAUCCAACAGAGUCUUUGCGGAUGUGGAACACGUUGGUGGGUUAUAGGAAAUACAUUGCGGCUCUUGGUUCCAAGACACUACAGGAUGCACAAAUCAAAGGACCAGAACGAGACCUAAGUAAAUCGGUUUUCCAUAUGACAACACAGCUCUUCAAUGCCGCGGUGCAUCAGAAUAACUUCUCCUUGGCACAGAAGGUUUUCGAACGCCUGUCGCCAUCUCGAACGGAACCCAUCGAAUUGAUCGCUCACGAAUUGAGCAGGAUACAAAAUAUUUUCCUCCAAACACAUCGAACAACAGAUUGUGUGGGUUUUAUCGAGACUGCUUGGAAUGCAAUAACAACUCUCCUUCAAAAGCCUGUUCUCGCCAACUAUCCACAACAACACACUGAAGCACUAGAAUUAAGAACCAAAAUUGCAACACAAACAAUCGAAAAAGUCGAGCAGGAAAUAUUCAAUUCCUCUCAAGAGAUGGCUUUAAAACGGAUCACCAAAAAUAAAUCCAAUGAUUUACGAAUUGAUUUCAUUGAGCUUGCUCUAGAAGCCCAUAGAGCAAAAGUUAUGGUAGCAAAGAGCUCAUCAUCUUCAAUAGAUUCUCGGACUCUAGCUGAUGCCAGUUAUAGCUUGGCUCAGUUUUCAUACGAUGUUCUGAAUAAAAUCGAAACAGAUUGCCAACAGAAGACAGAAUUCGAAGAGAUUUUCUUGGAAUCCGUGUUGGAAGCUAUGAAAUAUGGUUCCAAAGAAGCCUGUCAACUAUUCCCUUGUGUCCUUCAGCUGUCAUCCAUAGAAAGUGGUCUGCUUCACGAUCGUUUUCGACAAUGUUCUGCAGAUGUCCCCGUUUGGACUUACUUGGCAUGGAUUCCCCAGAUUCUAUCAAGUUUUGAAUUGAAUCAAUCGUGUUAUUUAGAUGAUGUCCUACGAAGCAUUGCUCUGAAGUACCCCGAUGCUUUACGCUAUCCAUUUUCGACAUGGUAUAGGCAAGCCAAGAUUAAUUCAAGCUUAUCGAGAGACGAAGGGCACUCCAGUGAUCGCAGUGUAAUUCACCAAAUCAUGGACAAUCUACAUCAUAAACUUUGUGAUAAAUUUAUGAAGAGUUUUCGAUAUCUUGCUGUUCCCGAAGCAUUCCUAAUGUCACAACUGCAGAGCUUCGAUAGAGAUAUUAGACACCACUCAAGCAUAAACGAUGUUCACUUUUCGAAACUUCUUGAAAAACUCCUCAAGGAUGUUUAUUGUGAGGAGGAAGGUCUUAGAGGAGUUGCCUAUCGAAGAUUACAGGUAUACAAAUUGGAAUUGGAAAAGGUCAAAACAAUGUCGUUUACGUGUAAUGAAGAUCGGAUUCGUAAGAAACUGAGUGAAGUGGUAGGAGCUCUGCAGAGACAACUUUUCAGUGCAUUCGAGACUAAUUUACGCUUGGAAACAAUUUGCCCCUGGUUGGCAAGUUAUCAGUGGUGUGGGGAAGAAGAAUGCAUAGCCCUGCCUGGACUUUCUGCCGAGAACUCAUUUGAAUUUAUGGAGAGUAUUAAAAUUGUGCGAUUUGGUGCUAAGGUACAGGUACUUGUGUCCCAGCGAUAUCCGUUGCGUAUCCUUAUUCAUGGAAGCAAUGGACGCAGUUAUGACUUCCUUGUCAAACAUGGCGAGGAUCUGAAGCAGGAUCAACGAAUCCAACAGAUCCUUAAGCUUAUGUCGCAAAAGUUGCGAGAGGACCAACGAUGUCAGGCUUACAACUUGGCAAUUCGAACCUAUCAGGUAGUUCCGAUCGAUAGAAAUUGUGGAAUCCUAAGUUGGGUCAACGAUACCGUCACGUUAAACGAUUUCAUUUUAAAUUGCUUCGAGCGUAGGUGCAGUGAUAGUCGGAAUAUCAUGAAUGGGCUAAAUGAUGCCUACUUGGAGUUUAUAGAGCGACAUUCUCAGCUUCCUUCGAAUGCUGUAACCAUGAAGUAUGGAACUUAUGGCAUUGCCGCUUGUAAAUAUACCAGAGAAGAGCUAAUCAAUAACUUGAGAUCACUUGAAAAUACCAUAGAUUUUGACAUUGUGAAGAAGGCUCUAAUGGAUUUGGCACUCUCGCCUGGAAGCUUCUUUGCACUUCGAAACAAUUUUGCCACCUCAAUGGCAGCGAUGAAUAUAGCUCAGUGGAUUUUAGGGAUAGGAGAUCGGCAUUUGAAGAAUACUCUGAUCAAUGUCAAGGACGGUUCUAUGACUGGCAUAGAUUUUGGAUUUACUUUCGGUUCUGGGACACGUGAUCAAAAAGUUCCUGAGUUGAUACCCUUCAGACUGACUUCACAUCUAGUGAAUGCCAUGUCACCAAUGGGAACUUCUGGAUUGAUCUUUAAGUGCAUGGCACAUACCUUGCGGGUCUUUCGCAGUGUAGAUCGACUGCUAAUGGCUUAUAUGGAAGUGUUUAUCCGUGAACCAUCUGUUAACUGGCUUGAUUUGGCGAUGAAAAGAAUCAACGACGAUGAGGAUUCGAUUUUGUGUGCUUGGGAGCCGAAAGAUCGUAUUGAUAUUGCUAGAUGCAAGCUACAAGGCUCCAAUCCAAUGUAUCUCUUUGAAAGGGAACUCAAUGUUGGUGUAGUUUCGAAAAAUAUCGAGUAUCUAGAAGGAUAUAUGAAGAUUCUGCGAGGACAUAGACAGUUUAAUAUACGCUCAAGGCUCCCCAAGGAUAAACUGUCUGUUGAAGAUCAGGUUAAGUGUCUUAUCGAUCAAGCUACUGAUCCUGCUGUCUUGGGAAUCUCAUAUGUUGGAUUUUCGCCUUGGAUUUAGUGAAGUGUUGUUUUUUUUAUGUCAUUUUUGUUAAAGUCCGAAAAAUUAAAAAGAAAAAACUUCAAAAGUUAA